AUGAGGCCUGAGAACCAGAGCAACGUUUCUGAGUUCCUCCUCCUGGGGCUUCCCAUCCAGCCAGAGCAGCAGGCUGUGUUUUUUGUCCUGUUCCUGGUCAUGUACCUGACCACAGUGCUGGGGAACCUACUCAUCAUCCUGCUUAUCCGGCUGGACUCCCACCUCCACACACCCAUGUACUUCUUCCUCAGCCACUUGGCUCUCACCGACAUCUCCUUUUCAUCUGUCACUGUCCCAAAGAUGCUGACCAACAUGAGGACCCAGCACCGAUCUAUCACCUAUGAGGGUUGUGUUUCACAAACAUAUUUUUUCAUAUUUUUUGCUGACCUGGACAGCUUUCUUAUCACUUCAAUGGCCUAUGACAGGUAUGUAGCCAUCUGUCACCCUCUACACUAUACUACCAUUAUGAGUCAGAGCCUUUGUGUCAUGCUGGUGGCCAUGUCCUGGGUCAUUGCUUGUGCAUGUGCUCUUUUGCAUACCCUCCUCUUGGCCCAGCUUUCCUUCUGUGUUAAAAAUAUUGUCCCUCACUUCUUCUGUGACCUUGGUGCCCUGCUCAGGUUGUCAUGCUCAGAUACCUCCCUUAACCAACUGGUAAUCUUUACUGCAGGUUUGGCAGCCAUUAUGCUUCCAUUCCUGUGUAUCCUGGCCUCUUAUGGUCGUAUUGGGGUCACAGUCCUCCAGGUUCCCUCUACCAAGGGCAUUUGCAAAGCCUUGUCCACGUGUGGAUCCCACCUAUCAGUAGUUAUUCUCUAUUAUGGAGCAAUUAUUGGUCUCUAUUUUCUUCCUCCCUCCAUCAACAGCAAUGACAAUGAGAUAAUUGCUUCAGUGAUGUACACUGUGGUCACACCCAUGUUGAAUCCCUUCAUUUAUAGCCUGAGAAAUAAAGACAUGAAAGGGGCCUUAAUCAGGCUGAUUUGCUAA